AUGAAGGCUGAAUGCGGCGUUGAAUCGCUAGAUGCAGGACUGGAGUCCUGGAAGGAAGAGACGACGAGGAAGGACAGAUCGAUUGUUCCACUUGUCCACUCUGCACAUAUGGGACUCUCGCCAUCGGCCGAUGAAGGUUUUGCACAAUCCAGCAGAAAGGACAACAUAAAAACGUUCGCCGGCGCUUCCCUUCUCCUCUCCACCUUUCACGCCCCAGGGAAGAUUGCAGCACUUUUCCCCUCUCACCGCAAAUACAGGGCUUCUGUAUCCAACCGCCAUAGACGACUCUGGACCCUUGCCGGCGCAGAUUACCGUUGGGGUAAGAGAGUAGCGGCUGCUGGGGCUCAUGCAAGCCUGGAACUGGCCCCACAGUCACUGCCGCCUCCCUUCCUCCCGUGGUCCCGCAGACAAACGAAUAGGUCUGGCCAACGUUUCCCAAGCAAAGGGUUGCACGGGAAGGAAGAACGGAACGAAGGCCGUCGCUUGCUGCUGCUUUCUAUCGUAAUUACUAUGUCUUCUGCAAAGCCGGCCUCUACUGUGGCGUCGUCUCUCUCCUAUUUGCCGAGUUUCCGUCCGUCGACUUACCGGUGUAAGGUCGGGAUUUCCCAGCGUUGGGGUUUCAGAGUCAGAACUCAGCAGAGCCUCACAAAUACGGUGCAGUACAGUAGACAACAAAUGCCUACGUCUCUGACGUGCUUGCCGGGAUCAUGCUACCCUGCCCCGCUCUCGCCUGGUCGGGCAGACCGGCUGGGGCAUACUUCCCGCUUCUUCGCUCACUGCCUGGCUCCGCUUCAUCCGCCCGUUUCUCUCCACCCUUGGCCCCGGUUACCGGUACGGCCUUCAACUUCUCCGACUUGUUUAUUCACCGUGGGUUGUCCUACGUGGCGGCCAGGAUUUUCGUCCCUGCCUGUAGCGCGGCUGGACGUGAAAAACUUGCCAGUCCCUCGGACUCCUCUGGAUCUGAGGAGUUUAGACAUCGUGUUUUGA